AUGAUGAAGGUAGAAUCCAGUCAGCACGCCGCCGAGGUCGAAAAAGUAGACGAGGCUGCCUCAGCAUUGGAGACUGUCGAUCGUGAACCGACCUACGGUGCUCCACGAAGUCGAGCGGCGCGUAUCAUCUUGAUGACUGCUGUCGUUGGCGCAUACUUUGCCCAGGUUUUCCACAUAGUCGGCACAGGAUUUCUCACCAACACGAUCACGGGAGCAAUCGGAGGUGCUGACCUGGGCACCUGGUUGACCUCGUCGUUGACCAUCAUACUCACGGCCCUGGGUCCAUGCGUUUGCCAGGGCGCUGAUCUCUGGGGUCGCAAAUGGCUCGUUGUCGUUCUCAACUGUGCUGGCUGUGUAGGCACUCUCGUUCUAUCAAGGUCCAACACUAUUGGAAUGGCGAUUGGAGGACAAGUCAUUUCGGGUUUCGCGCACGCCUCGCAGCCCGUCAUCCACGCCGUGGCAUCCGAGAUCAUUCCUCGCAGACAUCGUCCGAUCGCACAGGCCGCUAUCAACACCGCCGCCGGUCUCGGAGGCGUUGGUGGCCUACUGGCCGCCGGAGCUCUGACGUCCAGUGAUCCCUUUGGAUUUCGCAUCUACUUCUACAUUGCGGCCGCCAUAUAUGGCUUGGCCACUCUCGCCUUCGCCUUAUUAUAUAACCCACCCAAACGAGAUCUCCAGGUAGACUUGACGCUCCGACAGAAAUUGGAUCGUCUAGAUUUUGUCGGCUAUGUCUUGCUCGUGGUUGGCUCAGUUCUGCUGUGCUACGGCCUGACAUCCUCCGCCGGUCAAUCCUCCUGGACGAGUGCCGAAGUGCUGGCUCCACUGCUAAUCGGUGCUUUCGUCCUGGGGUUAUUCGGCGUCUAUGAAUGGAGAUUCAGAAAGGAUGGUCUUGUGCACCACCAAUUAUUCUCUCGAGGUCGAAAUUUCGCCGUAGCACAGCUCUGCAUCUUCACCGAGGGCAUGGUAUUUUUCUCCUCCAACUCUUAUUAUGCCGCAGAAGUGGUCUUGGUGUACAACAAGAGCUCCUUCCGUGCAGGAUUAUACUAUUCAGUAGCCUGGUUUGCUUUGAUUGUCGCCGCGUGGGUCGCAGGCACGUACUGCUCCUGGUCACGGACUGUUCGCCUACCGACUAUGGUGGCAUUCUUCUCCUUUUGCCUCUUCGGUGGAUUGAUGGCAAGUCUGAACCCAUCCAAGCUCAACAGUAUGAUCGGAUUUGCCCCAUUCGUCGGCAUCGGACUGGGCACCGCUCUCAAUGCCCUAGUGGUAGUCGCACAGCUUUCUAUUCCUCCAGAGUUGAUCUCAGCAUCGACCGCGCUUAUGAUCACGACGCGAAGUCUUGGUGGCACAGUGGGCCUGUCGAGCUACUUCGCUAUCUUCAAUGGUGUGCUGCAUAAGGAGCUUGCACCUCAGAUCAUCCAGGCAGUUGCACCUCUCGGUUUUAACUUGCAAUACCUAGGAGAACUCAUCGGAGCCUCGUUGUCGCAUAGCCCACAGCUAUUGCAGCAGGUUCCCGGCCUCACUCCUGAGAUCCAGAGUGCCGCGAGUCUAGCGAUCAACCAAGCUUUCUCAUUCGCUUUCCGAUAUGUGUGGAUCGCCGCUCUGGUUGCCUCCGUCUGUGGUCUGACUGCAUCCUAUUUUCUUAUCGACCCCAAGUCCGAAUUCAGCGCCACUAUCGAUGCUCCCAUGGACAAAGCCCCUCGAGAAGUCAAGGUCAACGUGUAA